AUGGGCGAUUUACGCUCUAUUAUGGCCACAGAAUUUCGUAGUAUUUUGAAUGACAUGAACUUGGCUCAUACAACUACCCUCAGCAGUACGUCCAGUGAGCAGCAGCCGGAAUGGCAAUCGUGGUCACGGAAUGACGGUAAGUUGCUACAUGCUGUCCCAAAAAACUGGGAAUUCCCGGCACGCGCUAACGCCAAAGCGAUUUGGAACCUCUGGUUCUUCGGUGAUCGCGACUCCAAAAUUCGACCAUAUCGACUCCUAAACGAGCAACAUGAUAUUAGUACGGCGCGUCGAAUGAGACACUCGCGAGUAACUAUUUUGAUGGAGUACCUGGAGCAGCUCGCACAUGAGAUCAACGUACUGCCCACUGGAGUAAGCAGGAUUGCGGAUCUCCCGAUCUCGACUGCCGAUGAAGUGUUUGCUGCAGUAUUCUCGAGGAUGCUCAACAAUCUGUAUGCCAAUAAGCCCGGCAGAGCCGAAGAGCCGUCAUGCGGCAUACUAUACAAUCGUCUCUGUCAGUAUCGUAAAAAAAAAUAG